AUGGAAAUCGACUCCGAACCCACCCAACCGCUCCGCAGCGACCUCCCCGCCAUGUUCCGUCCUCCAGUGAACCGGGCCAUGAGAGUCCUGGACCGGUCCUUCUUUAAGAAGACGGUACCGAUCUCUGCGGCAGCGAUUUUCAAGACAUCGGAUAUCUCCAAUGUGCGGAAGGAAUUGACCAAGAGCCGGGAUAUGCUUGUGCUGCCGAGAUUGGGCUCCAUCAGGGAGAUUAAGAUCAAUGAUUUGGUGCAUAAGUGUUUGCUGUUGAAGGAGGAUAUCAAGCAUGAUGAUACCGCGACGUGGUCGCCGACGAUUAGUGAGCUUGUGAAGAAGGGAAUGGUUGGCGUUAAGCCUUAUGAUUUGACGUUGGAUUACGAUUACUGGACUUAUGCGGAUAUCAUGUCCUGCAUUCUUCCCGAGGACAUGCUCGAUGAGAUCCCUCAGGGAUUCACGCAAGUCGGCCAUGUUUCGCACCUCAACCUUCGCGAGCAAUACCUGCCUUACAAGCACCUACUUGCCCAGGUCCUGCUGGACAAGAACCCCAACAUCAGCACGGUCAUCCGCAAGACCGAGGAUGUGGGCUCCCAUAGCGAAUUCCGCACGUUCCCCUUUGAGCUGCUGGCCGGUGAGAACAACCUGAACGUUGUCCAGCACGAGCAACACUGCGAGUUCCGGUUCGACUACUCGCGCGUGUACUGGAACAGCCGUCUCGAGACGGAGCACCGUCGUCUCGUGGACAAGUUCCGCCCCGGAGAGAUGGUCUGCGACGUGAUGGCGGGCGUCGGGCCCUUCGCAGUGCCCGCAGGCCGCAAGAAGAUCUUCGUGUGGGCCAACGAUCUCAACCCCCACGGAUACGAGGUGAUGCUGGACGCCGUCAAGCGCAACAAGGCCGACAAGUUCGUCACCCCCUUCAACAAGGACGGCCGCGAAUUCAUCCGCUGGUCUGCCCAGGCCCUCCUGGACUCUCCCCACACCGUGACCAUCGAGCCCAAGGUGCGCAGAAGCAAGAAGGCCGCCGCAGAGGAGAAGGGAGAGGCGCUCCCCGCCCCGGAGGUGUUCCAUCGCCCUAACGUAUUCCAUCACUACGUGAUGAACCUCCCCGGUAACGCGAUUGAGUUCCUCGACGCCUUUGUCGGCGUCUACGCAGGCAAGGAGUCGCUCUUUGCCCCUCACACCUCUCAACCGCUGCCCAAGGUCCAUGUGUACUGCUUCUCGGGCCACUCUGCGGACGAGCACGACGACCAUGUCGAUAUCUGCCAGCGUAUCUCGGAGCGCAUCGGACACACCAUUACCACGGAGGACCGCGUCGGCGGCAGCGGCAACCAGGAGAUCGAUUUGGCCAUCCACAACGUCAGAUUGGUCAGUCCUAACAAGCAGAUGUUCUGCGCCAGCUUCCGUCUGCCAAAGGAGGUUGCAUUCCGCCAAAUCUAA